AUGGGCUCGUGGAUAGAAGUGAAAGACUCUUCAGACUUCUCGUUGCAGAAUUUACCCUAUGGCGUGUUCAGUACCAAUGGCACAGAUGCGCGAAUUGGAGUUGCCAUCGGUGACUGGGUUCUCGACCUCAAAGUCCUUGCGGAAGGAGGAGCAUUCGACGAUCUUGAAUUCGACCUUGAGACAUUAAAAAAUACCACAUUGAACGCAUACGCUGGCCUAGAGAAGAAAGUCCACCAAAAAGUACGACAGAGACUACAAAAACUUCUAGAAAAAGACACUCAACUUGGACACGUUCUCAAAGAGAAUAAACCACUCCAUGACAAGGCUUUUUUCCCGCAGAGUGGCGUCAAUAUGCAUCUACCAAUGAAGAUUGGCAACUACACAGACUUUUUUGUGGGAUUGCAUCACGCUAAGACGGUAAAUACUUCCCUUAUCUCAGCCAGUAUAAAUCAGAUCUGUCCCUGCUUUUACAAUUUGCCCAUCGCAUACAAUGGCCGAGCAUCUUCUGUCGUCGUCUCUGGAACACCGUUUCAUAGACCUAGAGGGCAAUUCCCAGUCGAUGGAGAGGUGAUAUCCGGUCCUUGCCGAAAGCUAGAUAUCGAAGUCGAAUUCGCUGCUUUCAUUGGUCGAGGGAACGAAUUGGGGUCUCCGAUAGACGUCAAUCAUGCCGAAGACCAUAUAUUUGGGUUUGUGCUGCUCAAUGAUUGGUCAGCGCGUGAUAUCCAGAUGUAUGAAGCGACUCUGAUGGGCCCGUUCAAUGGAAAGAGCUUUUGCACAACAAUAUCUCCAUGGGUUGUUCCACUUGAGGCGCUUGAGCCCUUCCGCGUUGCACCAAAGGAGACGCCGCGUAAAUUGCCUGAAUACCUGACCGAGAAGCGAGAAAAGUCAGCGUACGACAUUCCUAUUCGAGCGACCUUAGAAUUGAAUUCCGAGAAAUAUCGUGUGGCAGACUGCAGUACAAGCAAUGUUAUAUUCUCUUUCGCGCAAAUGAUCGCUCACCAUACCAGUGGUGGAUGCCCUUUACGGACAGGAGAUCUUAUUGCCACUGGUACAUUGUCCGGACCAACUCGAGAAGAAGCUGGUUGCCUCCUAGAACAGACACGCGGAGGAAAGGAGCCUUUCGAGAUGGUCGCGGAGGAUUCGUCAAAAGGUAGCGUGCAGCGGGCUUUCUGCGAGGACAACGACACAAUCAUAUUCGCCGCUCAUGCGAAAUCGAACGACGGACUUGGCAACGUAGGCUUUGGCACUUGCCAGGGUAAAGUGCUUCCAGCCAUCUAA